UUUUAACUGGAAACUGCCUGAUUCGACUAGCGUGGAAAAUCGAGAUACGCGGAUUCUUUUCGGUCUGCUAAGUAACGUAUCUCGGAGACAGCCUGUUUUCUUCAUUGGAUUUUACCAGAAUCUGGAUCUUCUGGAUAUUGGCACGAAACGUGCAAUACAAUGGUGGACGAGGCGGUUGGUAUAAUGCCUGAACGUUGUUCGAGAUCAUUUUCGUCACCACAAGAACUGGUGUUGCAGGUUGCGUCAUUAAAUAUUCCGAGAAAUCCCAUACCCAACAAGAAGAAGAGAAAAUAUCAUACAUUUUGUUUUUGCUUUUGUUGAAUAUUUAAAAUGGCAAGACUUAUUCAAAUUACAGAUCAGUUAAGGAAGUUAAGUUAAGGAAGGAACAUUACGAUUAGAGUGAAUAUAUUUAUUUGGAACAAUGUAAUCUAUUGCGCACCAAGUAAGUAAACAGUAAACACCUUCAGUAGCAAGAACAACUAAAAUAAAUUAUAAUAAUGAUUACAAUAAUUGACAAACAAUUUAAUCGCGAGCAUUCUGCCUGGUGUCAUGUUUUGCAGGAUUUAUGAAAAGCACGAGUAACUCACAUACUCUGUGGUGUGUCUCAACGAUAUAUGUACCCAAUAAUCGCUUGUACCCUAUUAUUAGAUUGUUGUUUCAAGUUAGAAUAGCUAGAAAUUGAUUUCAUGAGUUAAAUAAAUUGCACUCAACUUCUUUGUUUGUUUUGAAAAGAUGAUCAUAGACAAGGGACAUUGGGUAUGAGAUCUUUAGGGAGGUUUACUGCUUUACUCAUCCGGCGUUCGUGUCUGGAUAUGUAUCACAUGUAGUCUUAUCAAAAAAUGUAUAAAAAGAAUUGUAUUUCACGAACAGAACCAUUUCGGAGAUCCAACCAACACACCGUUUUUAAGCACUGCUAAUAAUAUCGAUAUAUUUUUUUAGAUUAGCCAAAAGGCACAUUUAUGUUCCAGACAAAACACACACACACUGCUAAAAUAACAGGUUUUGUUGAACGCAUAUUAACGGUUCUUCUUUCUGCCAGGUAUUUGUUUAUAUAUUCACGGCCAAGGCUGAUCGCGGAACUAGUGUUGUGUUUACCGUUGAACAGCAACAGAGGUCUAAAAACAGGGACAGAAAGUGAAGAAUUUUCGCUUUCUAUCUUUGAUAUCGCUUCUGCUCAUUAGCGUGUGACGUUGUUUGUGAUCGAGAUGUUUUUAGUUCUUCUGGCGAUGUGUCUGGGCGUUGUCUUUGUCUGGAUGUUCUUUACCAUCUGCCGAAACCGUGCCACUGUGUUGAUGCUUCAAAAACGUCUUCCCAAUUUUAAAGUUAUUCCCGCGAUCCCGGUGUUUGGUUCGAUGUAUCACUUUAAAGAUCCGUCAGCUGAAGGAAUAUUUAAUACCUUCUGUGAUUUCGAUACACAGUAUGGUAAAACCCUUAUUACGCAGAGCCUGUUCAACUUUCCUUCAAUCCAUGUCUGCGAUGCGAAGGUGAUUGGGCAGAUCAUGCAAGCGCGUACGAUCGAAAAGACGAUCAUUUACGACUUCAUGACUCCCUGGCUCGGAACGGGACUGAUCGUAUCGACCGGAUCGAAGUGGACCCAGCGUAGAAAGAUCAUAACGCCAGCGUUUCAUUUCAAAAUACUGGAGGAUUUCCUUGUCAUCAUGAACCACCAGUCGGAUGUGCUGAUCGAGAAGCUGAAGACGAGUGCAAAUGGUAUGGAUUGUAAUAUUUACAACCACGUGACGUACUGCGCACUGGACAUCAUCUCCGAAUCUGCAAUGAGUGUCAAGCUCAACACGCAACAGCAUCCGAACUCAGAAUACGUCCUGGCAGUGAAAGAAAUGACUGAUAUUAUCCUGAAGCGUCUUUUCUCGCUUCUACGCGAAUACAAAUGGGCAUUCCAGUUUACCAAAGCCCACCGUCGUCAGCGAGAACUGGUGAAGGUAAUACACGAUUUUGCCCAUAAGGUGAUCAGCGAUCGUAAGAAGCAAUCCGACGCUCAAGAACUGCAGCGAGCUCAGAAACAACUUGCCGAAGAGGACGUUUAUGGGAAGCGUCGGAUGACUCUACUGGACCUCCUACUGAACGUAACCAUGGACGGUAAACCGCUGUCCGAAUCAGAAAUUCGGGAAGAAGUAGAUACGUUCAUGUUUACUGGUCAUGAUACAACCACCUCUUGUAUCAGCUUUGCCGCGUACCAUCUCUCUCGCGAUGCUUCUAUCCAACAGCGUGUGUACGACGAGAUUCUAGCCAUUGUGGGACCGGAUGCCAAAACUGUAGAGCUUACGUACGGCACACUGCAGAAGCUGAAGUAUCUUGAGAUGGUGAUCAAGGAAACACUUCGCAUCAACCCUCCUGUACCGGUUAUAGGACGUCGAUCGGCCGGUGACAUGGUGAUUGAUGGAGUGACCAUUCCGAAGGGACUCGAUUUCUUCAUAAUGAUCUACUUACUGCACCACGAUCCGGAACUGUAUCCCGAACCGACUCGUUUCGAUCCGGAACGGUUCGGCGAGGAAGCCUCGGCCAAGCGACCGCCGUUCAGCUACAUGCCGUUUAGUGCGGGCUCACGGAACUGUAUUGGACAGCGGUACGCGAUGCUUGAGGUGAAAACCGUGCUUGUGAAGCUGCUGGCCAACUAUCAGUUGUUACCUUGCGAAGCAAGCAAUCAGCUACGUCUCAAAGCCGAUAUGACGCUGAAACCGGUGAAUGGUGCGUUUGUGAAGCUCGUCCCUAGAUAAAAAUGGUCCAAAUCAUUUAUCAU